AUGUCCUCGGUACUCGAGCAUGUCUCCACAGUCUUCACGGCCUGUGAGAAGACGCAGCGAAUCUCGCUUAAAGUGUUGCUCGAUGCUCGUGGCCUACGCCGAGAGCAUCUGCGUGCUGUGGUCUCUUUCCGCCGGCGCGAGGUCGUCAUCACGGCGCGUGUCGAGGAGACGACGAGCGAUGCCGUCAUCAGACGGCGCAUCCGACAGACCAUCAGUCUGCCCGAGCUCACUGAUCCCGAUGAGGUAAGCGCUGUGCUUUCCCUGAAGGGCUACCUCAUUCUAGAUCUUCCGCAGAAAUUGCCGCCCUCUGAUGCGCCGUCUCUUGAGACCGGCGUCAGCCGCACCAGCUCUACAGACCGGCUUGGCGACACAGUCAACUCGCAGAGUUCGAAGAGCACGCUG